GAAAAGGGGCUGAGGAAGAGUAACCGGGAGGGCUCGCGGGUGAGCGCUCACCUCGCGUGGACUAGCAGGGCAGGAGGCGCAAAAGUUUGGCCAAGUUUAGGGCGCGCGCCUAAAAGGUUUCCAAAGGUCCGGCUCCCCCACUCCCUUGGCCUGUGCAGUUGGAUCGAAGCCACAUCAGCACCAGCAUGCCAGCUGGAGGACGCCUCUCGUCUCUCGAGGGAUAUUUCCCUUAAGGGGGGGGGGGAAUUCUACCCACGCAACGACACCCACCCGGUCUCUGGCUGCAGGAGCCAGCAUGGAAGAGGAAGGGGCCAGGCUGCAUAGGCGGCUUUGAAAGUUUGCCAAACACCUCCGAGGUUGCUUUGCUUCCUCCAGCCCCCCUCCCCUCGCCGAAAGAGGAGCGACUGAGAGGAAGGGCAGAGAGAGGGGGGCAGAUCGGGGGGGUCGACCGGGGAGUUGGCUACUUCCAAGCAUGGGAGACAGGUUGCCGGAGCCAAGCCGUGCAAACCCUUCUCCCGCGGUGGCCGCCUGCUCAGAAGCAGAAGCGAUCGAGGUCCUGGAAUCCGAGGAUGUCCUGCCUAUGGCUACGGAGGACAACCAUAGAGUUGGAAGGAACCAAAGUCCAUCUACUCCAACCUGCUGCCCAAAGGCAAAGCUGCCAAGCCACCAACCCCCCACAGAUCAACCUUUGCUGUCCAGGACACAGUGUGACUCAAUCAGAGGGCAGAAGCAUGUGAGAAAGCACUGGAAAGCUCUGUUUGAUCAGUUUGACCCUGAAAACACUGGCUAUAUCAGCACGGAGAAAUUUCGAAACCUCCUCCAAAGGCAUGGCUCUGAGCUAGAUCCACACAAACUAGAAGUUCUUUUGGCCUUGGCAGACAACAAUUCUGAUGGGAAGAUCUGCUACCAAGAUUUCGUCAACUUGAUGAGUAACAAAAGGUCCAACAGCUUUCGCCAAGCCAUCUUGCAGGGGAACCGGAGGCUGUGCAGCAAGGCCCUGCUGGAGGAGACUGGACUGAGCCUUUCCCAGCGGCUGAUCCGCCACGUUGCGUAUGAGACUCUGCCGCGUGAGAUUGAUCGGAAGUGGUAUUACGACAGCUACACCUGCUGCCCCCCACCUUGGUUCAUGAUUGCCAUCACCAUUGUAGAGGUUGCCUUCUUUCUUUACAAUGGAGUGGUACUAGAUAGGUUUGUGCUGCAAGUCACCCAUCCCUUAUAUUUGAAGAACUCAUUGUUAUAUCAUCCUCAGCUCCGUGCCCAGGCCUGGAGGUACCUCACCUACAUAUUCAUGCAUGCAGGGAUAGAGCACCUUGGACUCAAUGUUGUCCUUCAACUUCUGGUUGGAGUCCCCCUUGAAAUGGUACAUGGUGCUGCAAGGAUCGGGUUUGUCUACAUUGCUGGAGUUGUAGCAGGUUCCUUGGCAGUGUCCAUUGCUGAUAUGACUGCACCUGUCGUGGGCUCUUCUGGAGGCGUGUACGCCCUGAUAUCUGCUCACCUAGCCAACAUAGUAAUGAACUGGUCUGGAAUGAAGUGCCAAUUCAAGCUGUUGCGCAUGGCUGUUGCCUUGAUCUGUAUGAGCUUUGAAUUUGGAAGAGCUGUGUGGCUGAGGUUCUACCCAUCCGCUUACCCUCCAUGCCCACACCCAAGUUUUGUCGCCCACCUUGGGGGCGUUGCUGUUGGAAUCACCCUAGGCGUAGUCAUCCUAAGGAACUAUGAGCAGAGACUCCAAGACCAGUCCUUAUGGUGGAUCUUUGUCUCCAUGUAUGUGGUGUUUGUUCUCUUUGCCAUCUUCUGGAACAUUUUCGCCUAUAGCCUGUUGGACCUGAAACUACCUCCACCUCCUUGAGAUCCUGGGUCGAGGGACUCUCAAGGACAAAUGGAUAACUUCCCAUCUGCCAGCUCCAUUUCAAGGGCGGGGCGGGGUGGGAUUGAAACGGAAGGGUUUAUUUUUGUAUGAAUAUCACAGGAUAUAAGCAUAUCCAUCUUCUGAAAUGGCACAAGUUGAGGGGGGAAACUAUAUGCUGCAUGGCUAGGAUGUGACCAUAUUAUUGGAAAACGAUGACCUAAGCAGGGACUGGCCAAUAGAAACUUGUUUGGAAGAAGAUUUGGGCGUGGAGAUUUGCCGGUAUCGCUGUAGUCCAUAAGGACCAGGCCUUCUAACCAUUGAUCAUGCAAGUAGCUUGGUGUUGCUUUCAUGAUAAAAAAAAGGCUGACAAUUCAGCCCUAUAUUUGUGUAACAGGACACUUAACACCACAUACUGGUGAAUGCUAAUGCACAUAGUGAAAUUUUGUUUGGGUUGCCUACAUUUUUCCAGGUUAAUCUUCUACCAUACCCAUAAUUUACAAGAGCCAUCCAUCAGGCCAUGGAGGGAAAGCUCUUCCUUCCUUUAACUAAAAGGGCACUCAGCCAAGGAUGCUUGGCAUUACAGGUCAGGUUGUUCUUCAGUGCCACCGCUGAUGCCCAGUAAACCUGGACAGUUCCUCAAGUCUGCUGUCUUGUUAAGAGGAGCAUGUCUUACAGAAAUCUUCCAAGGGGUUCAGCGUAUAUGGGUUCACAACUUGCCAGUGGUGGAGGCCACUUCUCAACUAAAGGACAAACCAAAUUGCACAGGGAGAUUUGAAAGUGCUUUAACCUGGUUGCUAAAUUCAACUGCAUAUUUAAUUAGAUAUUCACUGUUUGUGACUGGGUUUUCAUUCUUGAAUACUUUGCAGACCACUUGAAUAUUUUGUAAUUUUUUUGUGGACAAUCAUGCUAUUUUCUUCUGGCCUCUUAUUUUCUUCCUUGGUCCUACACAUUCUUUAAAAAAAGCAGGAUCUGCUUGCUGGCUGGGAAGGGGUUGCUAGAUGUAUCUUAUUUCAAUUUUGCUAUUCCAGAAAAUUUCAGCGUACAGAGCGUAUGUUUCGUCUCCCGUCUAUAGCACUGGAUAAGACAAGAGACCACAACUCUACAGCCCCUUUGAUUUUGGGGGUGUUGUUCUUGCAACCUUGGGAGACAUAUCCAGUCACAUCCCUAACAAACAUCUCUACGUGGUUCUUAUUUGGAAAAUGUGGACGGGGUUCCUUUGCCUCAUGUGUUUUGAAAAAUAGCCAUCCAGGUUGCAAUGCUGCUUUAUGAAUUUUGCAGAUGUACUUUAGAUACAGUCCUAUACUCAGUGGGGCUUCCUUCUGAGUAGGCAUGUAGAAGAUUGCACUGUUAGAGAGUCAAGUGGGUCAGGGAUGCAUUUGACGACAGUACCUCAAGUAGGGCUUAGUUCUUGCUGAAGUAAAAUGGAAGGGAGAUCUAUGGCCCUUGAGAUGUCAUUGGACUCCAAUUCCCACUGGACUCCCAUCCCAUUACAGUGGUGCCUCGCUUAACGAAUGCCCUGCUUAACGAAAUUUCCGCUUAACGAAAGGAUUUUUCGAGCGGAGGUUGCCUCGCUAGACGAAUCUGUUUUACGAAAAAUUUGUCUAGCGAAACGCGGUUUCCCAUAGGAAUGCAUUGAAAUUCAAUUAAUGCGUUCCUGUGGGCAAAAAAAAAAUUUUCAAUAAAUAUUCAAUGCAUUCCUAUGGGAUUCGCUAGACGAAUUUUUCGUUAUAAGAAAAGACCUGUGGAACGAAUUAAAUUCGUCUAGCGAGGCACCACUGUAUUUAGAUAUUUCUUUUCUAGCUUCUAAUGAUGCAUGCACAAUGAUGAGGCCAUGCGGAUGUGCCUUAUCACAUUGCUUCCUGGUAAUUUUAGCUCCCAGAACCAGUCGCAGUGGCAUGCCACUUGGAAAUUCAACUACCACCGCCAAACAACCACACCCAGAACAAGACUGCCCUUUAGUUGGGGAUGGAGAUCAUCCAACACACAAAAAAACAUUUGCACCACUGUUCACCAGAUGAAAGGUUAGUUGUGGGUGGCCUGGUCGCAUUAUUCACAGAACACUCUGCAUACUUCAGGCACGGUCUAAAUUUGCAAACCAGUCAUUCAGAUAUUGCAAGUGGGGGUCAGGUCAUUGGCAACCCCUUUGUUUUUGUUCUUUUAGCUUAAUCAACUCACCCUAGAAAGGGUUAAUCUGGAUUAAAUGGGAGGAAAAUGUAGGCUGGCAUUUAGAUGUCAACAAUGUCAUACGGAUGCAGCAAAAAAUACGCAUGGAUGUGGAGCACCCAUCCCAAAAUAAACACCCACCGGAAAGCAUCCAACAUUGGCAACACUUGACGGUUUGGAGCUUAGAAAGCAUCUGAUUUUGAGUACCUGGUUUGCUUACUGCAGAAAAACCGGGGGGGGGGGGGGGCAAAUGCCACUCAUUAUGUGACACACGUUCCAUUUAUUAGAAGGCCAUAGUCCUGCAGAAAGCCUUUUUUACGGUUCGCUUGCUUGCGGUUGUUAAAUGGAAGAUAAGAAUUGCGCAGAGCUCAAAUCUGGCUCUUCAGAGCUGAGCGGAAGAUGCAAGCAAGAAACCAGGAUUCUGAGGUCUUACUGGUGUUUGAAUUUUGCCUUGAUAGGCUCACAGGUUGUUGCCACAGACAGGCUUAGGCUUUUGAGUGAUCGGCACACAGUUUGGCGCCAGUCUCAUUAAUCCAAUGAGUUCAUGUUAAAUCCCUUUCCCCUGUCAUAGGCUUCCCCCCCCCCCAUUACGAAGCCAAAGCCUCGUGUACUUGGGCUUUAUCUCUCCACAGGUAAAAACAAAGUGACAGACCUAUGACGACUACAGGUUACACGCUAAUCUGAGUUAUUUUCUACUAGUGAAAUGUCCAUCAUUAUGAAAGGUGUGUAUCUGAGUUG